ACUGAGGACGGUGAAGACAUUUUGGAAACUGCUGUUUCAUGCGAUGGAACAUGGCAAAGAAGGGGAUUUACCUCAUUGCACGGAUGCGUAACCGUCAUUUCCAUGGGAAAUGGACAAAUGUUGGAUGUAGAACCUGUGUGCAAGGUCUCCAAAGCAUGCAAGAAGCAACUAUUGAAGUCUUCAAAGCCCUUGGUCAUAAAUCCAGGAGCUUUUUUUGUUGCUGGAGUAAGGGAAGCCGAUCGACUUUGUGUUAUGAAAUCUAACUACAAGGCGGAGGAGAAGAAUAAAGUGCAGAGAAACGUAAUCACGUGA